GUCGCCCAUUCGGAUGCAGAGUUCUGCUGGAGGUGUCCUAUUUUCAUUUGCUGUCUAUCGGAAGAUUCAGCAGAGAACGGCAAAAGCAAGAACUACGUCUAACCGGGCCAUGUGCUUCCAUUAGGGCAGUUUUGUGAAGAAAAUUUGUCUGGAGCUCACCUUUAACUGGAAAACAAGAAGCCCUUCGCGCCUCGCCUCGAGAAUCGCUUUGCUUCCCCACUAGGUGGAGGCGCGCCCCCUCCACGAGGCUCUUCUCCCGGUCCCGCCAUGGCCUUCACGUUUGCUGCCUUCUGCUACAUGCUCUCUCUGGUGUUGUGCGCCGCUCUGAUCUUCUUCGCCAUCUGGCAUAUAAUUGCAUUUGAUGAGUUAAAGACAGACUUCAAGAGUCCUAUAGACCAGUGUAACCCAACACAUGCGAGAGAGCGGUUGAGAAACAUUGAACGGAUCUGCUUUCUUCUGAGAAAGUUAGUGUUGCCAGAAUAUUCCAUUCAUAGCCUCUUCUGCAUAAUGUUUCUGUGUGCUCAAGAAUGGUUAACUCUGGGCUUGAAUAUUCCUCUGCUUUUCUAUCAUUUCUGGAGGUAUUUCCAUUGUCCAGCAGACAGCACAGAGCUAGCAUAUGACCCACCUGCGGUGAUGAAUGCAGAUACCUUGAGUUACUGUCAAAGGGAAGCCUGGUGUAAACUAGCUUUCUAUCUCCUCUCAUUCUUCUACUAUCUGUACUGCAUGAUCUACGCCUUAGUGAGUUCCUAA